AACCAAAGCAUAGCAGAGGCAGUGCUCGGCUGCCCCUUCACACCCACUGCAACCUUUCUUCGAACAAAGGUCACCCGUGGCUCGUGCCCCUCGCUAAAUAUGAGCUUUAAGAAACUCGGAGUGAAGGAAUUGGACGUCAAGGACAAGAGAGUCAUCAUUAGAGUUGACUUCAACGUCCCACUAAAGGAUGGAAAAAUUACAAAUAACCAGAGAAUUGUGGCAGCUCUGGACACCAUCAAGUUCGUUUUAGAUAAAGGCGCAAAAUCCGUGGUGUUGAUGAGCCACUUGGGCCGUCCGGAUGGCCAUGUUGACAUGAAGUUUACUCUCGCCCCUGUUGCCGAGGAACUGAAGCAAUUGCUGAAAAGAGAUAUCAAGUUCCUGCCAGACUGUGUGGGAACCGAGACUGAAAAGGCAUGUGCCAAUCCACCGCAUGGUUCUGUCUUUUUGCUGGAGAACCUGAGGUUUCACGUAGAGGAGGAAGGAAAGGGAGUCGACGCAAAUGGACAAAAGAUCAAGGCGUCUCCUGAGGCAACAGCUGCUUUUCAAGCAUCCCUGACUAAACUUGGUGAUGUCUUUGUAAACGAUGCAUUUGGAACUGCUCAUCGAGCUCACAGCUCCAUGGUUGGUAUCAAACAUGACAAGAGGGCUGCUGGUAUUCUGAUGAAGAAGGAGCUGGACUAUUUCAGUAAAGCAUUAGAUAACCCUGCACGCCCUUUCUUGGCCAUCUUGGGAGGAGCCAAGGUGAAGGACAAGAUUCAGCUCAUUGAAAAUCUGUUGGACAAGGUUAAUGAAAUGAUCAUUGGUGGAGGAAUGGCAUUCACUUUCUUGAAGGUUACGGAAAACAUGGAGAUUGGAAGCUCUCUGUUCGAUAGCGAUGGGGCAGGCAUUGUCAACAAGCUGUUAGAGAAAGCAAAGAAGAACAAUGUUCAGAUUCAUCUUCCUGUUGACUUCGUCACAGGUGAUAAGUUUGAUGAGCAUGCAACCGUUGGAAAGGGCACUGUGAAGACUGGAGUGCCACAUGGCUGCAUGGGCCUGGAUGUGGGUCCUGAGAGCACAGCCAAAUUCCAAGAGGCGGUCAGGAGGGCUAAGACUGUUGUGUGGAAUGGCCCCAUGGGUGUGUUUGAGUGGGAUAAUUUCGCCUCUGGUACCAAAGGUGUCAUGGAUGCUGUUGUUGAGGUUACCAAGAAGGGAACCAUUACAAUUAUUGGUGGUGGUGACACUGCAACCUGCUGUGCCAAGUGGAAGACUGAGGACAAAGUCAGUCAUGUCAGCACUGGUGGUGGAGCCAGCCUUGAGCUCCUGGAGGGCAAGGUCCUCCCUGGUGUUGCCUACCUUUCCGAUGCCUCUGGGGCAGGAGGUGGUUGCGGCUGUUGCUUCAACCCCGUGGCUGUGGCUAAGCGCUACCCCGCUCAGACAGCAGUGGUUUUGCUUGUCAGCAUGGGCGUGAUAAUGGCCAUCUACAGGGCUCGUCGUCAGCGAUGAAACAAUCGAUGCAACCUUGAUAUGCUUGCAGUGCUUGCCAACGUCUUGACACAACUUAGCGAUAAUUAUUUUGGGAGGAAUCGACAGCUUACACUGCAUUUCUUUUUUUUUCAAAAACUCAGCAUGGGUGUCUUUGUAAGCUCAACAUUUGUAUCCAAACAAGUAACACACUGUCACCUUGAAAGCGGUUGGUGUACUUCAGCAAGAGUAAUGCCCAGGAAGACAAUGAAGGGCACUUUAAAGGAUGUCUUGGUAACACUUGAUAACAAAACUACUCUGAUAACUUCGAAUGCUUCUUAUAAAUUGCGGUAAGAUUUCUUAGCUUGGUUUAUUGAUGGUGAACAUUAAAAAAUGUAGAGCAGAUGCGUUGGAAUCUUAUGGGAAGUGAACUGACAACAGUGUACCACAAUAUAUCACUAGGAGACUUUAGAAAGUGGUCAGAAAUAUUUCAUAAACUAAAUUGUAUUGGUUAAACAUAAAGGGCUGAAUCAAAUUUAGAAUACAAGUUUAGUUUGACACCUUAUGAACAAAUUAUUACGAGCAAAUUAUUGAACUCUUAUAUUGAUAAACCUAAUGCAAUAGCAACAGCCUUUCACUCUGCAAAUGCUCUUCAAUGCAAAAAACAUUGCCGUACCUUGAGCACAUUCCAUGCCUCGAUUUGUGUGCAUACACCUGCAUCUUCAAAGUACUCAAAACAUUACUUAUGGUUUGUUUCAUGUUCAGUGGGCAGUCUGAAAAGCUAGAUCAGCCUUUUGCACAGCCUUUGAGGUGGUUGCAGAUCUGCACUGCAAAAUGGGCAGAGUGCCACAUUUGUAUGACUACAGAGCUGCCACAGUGAGCUGUGUGUAUUUGCAACUGAAAUAUAACAUCACCUACUUAAUUAAGGACACAGGAAUAUAUGGACAUUACUGUGAUUUUAGGUAACAUCACUUUGAUGUGGCUUACGCAGGUACACCUCGAUAUAACGAAGUCGGUAAAAUCGGCAAUUUGCUACAUUAUAGCAAAAUUUAGCUGUAUUGAAAUUCAAUGUUUUAUGCGAAUAAGUACAGUUGCCUAUCGACUGUCAGGAAAAGUGCCAGCAGCAGGGAGCGAAUUCUUUGUCUGCCUCUCACCUCAAUGCGUCUCCAAAACUCGAGAUAACGCAACCUGCAGCACUAAAUGUGCAGAAAGACAGCGCACAAUGCCAUGCCAUCUGAAAUUUCGUUAUAUUGAAAUUGUGUAUAAAUGCAGUUCAUUAUUUGAGGUUCAAAAUACAGUGUUCCCGGACAAGAAGGUAGAAAAAUGAAAUACUUUGUUACAUUUGUAAUGUCAUUAUAUUGGAGUUUGUUAAAACGAGGUUUAACUGUAGUUGCAACAUAUGAAUCGGUUAUUCCAUAUAGCAUCACAAGUCUGAAUUUGUACGGCAUGAAGCUCUUGGAGUGACAGAUUUAUGCGACUACUACAUUGCUUCCAAGUACAUUGCCUGCUACUACUAUACUUAUGAAAUGGAGUACAGGCAUGUUGUCUCCCAUGAACAUGAGCAGAGACAUUUACUUACUGAGUUAGCUUGCUAAAAUGAGACACUGAACUGAACUUCCAUAUACUUUAUAGUGCGACACGGUGUCAGCGUUUGUAAUUGCCAUAGCAGCUGAAUUGACAGGUCUAACACUUGCAUGUGAGUGGGUCAUGAAGAGCACCAUGUUGAUAGCACACUAUGUAAGAAAAUGAGGGUCUUGUAGGUUACCUAAAGCAGUAACUUUAAUCCAAGAUCGGCUUUCGAGAUGAUAGCCAUGCCUGAAUAACUGUGCCCUUUAGCUUUGGCAACGUGUGCAAUUGGGAUGUAUGCAUAAAUGCAAAUACUUUAUUGUGACGUAACACACACCCCUGCAAGAAAGGUGCUUUAUAAACUGUCAAAUUUCAUUAGAGAAUAUUCACACUGCAUGUAUGGGUUAUAGAUUUAACUACUUGUCGAUAAGCAUAAUUUGGGCAUAAAGUGCAACUGCAUGGAACCAAAGUAAAAAGUGAAAAUAGCCCUGCAAUGUAUUUUGACUAGGCAUGGUGCAAAUAGUCGUUCUAUAAUUAAAUUUGUUAAUACAAUAAUAUGGACAAAACUGGCUUAAAAUAUGAACUGAGCAUCAAAUUUUCCUAAAGAGGGCCAAACAGUAAGUGAAAACUAAUUUACACCCAUCAUUAAAGUUUGAAAUACCACAUAAUGAGACCUCAGCCUACCAGAAAACUUGCAAGAGUGGACAGUAAAAGAACGGUAGUAACAGUUUGUGUGAUCAUAAUUAUGAACACAACAGGAUUGAGAACUGCACAUAAGGCAGUUAAUUUCUUGUCAAUCACUGCUAAUGCGACCUUGACUGCGGCUGCAAGGGGAAAUGUAACUACAGAUCCACACAUGUAAACACACUAAGCUCCACUAAAAUGAAAAAGAAAAGCUACAUAAAUUGGUAUCUGCAGUAAGCACGUAAAAAAUAAAGGGCAUACUCUGCAAGCAGGCUUAGUUGGUCUUUAUGUACUACAGCCAUGCCUGCUGCAGCUGAAAGCAUUCAGUGAUCUGAAACAAAACUUGAAGCAAUAGCUAAUUAUUACUGGCCAUGUUUGCAGGCUGGGGGGGAGAGAGGCACGCAGGAAAUACUUUUUCAUGCAGGCACUAAGUACUAUACCAGUGAAUCUUAAAUCAACCCUGAGCAAACCUUAAUGUUGAAUAUAACCAAAUUCUCACAUUAAUUUGUGGGUACCUUCAGCACACUUCUGUUUGAUAGGGUAACAUCUCAAAUCGAGGAUGCGUCAUGUUCACUUAGCACUGCUCCCUCACAAAGGAAGCUAGAAUAGUGUUGUGCUGGAACAAUAGUAGGAGGCCACAAAGUGAUGCAGCCAUUUAGGAGAGAAAGCAACCACCAUCAAUGAAAACACAAUGUAUUUUGUCUUGUUUGACUGGUAAGUAGAGUACAUGGCAUUGGUUAUAUUAAUUCAGCCACGUUUUAUGUGGAAUGAAUAAAGUUUUGAUUAAUUAGGUGAUGUGAAUAAAGUAGAGUUCUGUUAAUUCAACUACAGUUAAUUCUAUUUUUCGAUUAAUUCGAUCCCGACCAAAGGUCCCAGCCAGUGCCGAUGCAUUUCAAGCUUUCGUUACUUCGAUCCCAAAAUUGGCCUUCACCGGAUAGCUCGAACUUGACCAGUCAGUACGCACGCGCCUGAUGCCCAUGGUGACCCCAAUAGCCAUGCGCCCCUUUAAUGGCAGCGUCUGUCUCGGCAGUACUUAUGGGACGGUGAAUGCGUUGAACACAUGCCAUCUCCCAUAGAAAACACCUGUUUGGCCUGCCUUAGGAAGAUUUUCAAACAACUGGGCCGAAUAUUGCCCGUGCGGUGCAAUAGAACACAAUACCAAAACAGCCUUCGCGGCGUUUGUAUGCUUUACCGCAUAACACGAAUAUAUUGCGCAGAAGCUGACUUUAGAGAACCGGCCACCAUUGUGCAACACAUAUUACACCCCCCCCCCUUUUUUUUUUUACUAAAAGUUUCUUCUUACUAAAAAUUCGAGUUCGCGUUCGAUUUCUGCAUAGUUUUAAGUGCUGUAAUGUCAUUUCUACGCUAGUUUUCUGCUCUGGACAGAUCAAGUAGGUGUGCGUUUGAUUCGGGGUCUUUUUCCCAUUAGAAAUGGUGAAAAUGCUACCAAAUGAACCAACAGCGUGUUUCAAUUUUUAGACCGCAGCUCUUAGGCGCCCAUUCCUGUGUUUAUCGUCGGUAUCCUCAGCGUAACCGAGCGAACGAGCACAGCAGGGGAUGAAAGACGGCGAUAUAUAGUGAGGAGGAAAGCGGAGGAGGAGGGUGUAGCGCAACCAUGAAGCGGAAAGCGAAGGAGGAGGGUAUGGCGAAAGCGUGAGAAGAAAGGCGUAGCGCCGCGCAAGACGGGCUCUGCGGCGUAGACCGCUACGAGAUAGCACCAGAGUGGCGCGCCGUCUAAAACCAACACCCUCUAUUAAGGCCUUAUGGCUGUACCCUCACCCCUUGAGCUACGUCACGCAAAAGAGGGCCACAUAGAAGUCCCGUGCAGCGUGCUACAAAGCUACGAGCGGCCGCAUCUGUGUUGAAAAUGAGACGUGGAUGACCGAGUGGGCGACGAUGGCGAUAACAAUUCGAUUAGUUCCGGGAACCCUGCCGCUCCUUGGAUAUAUUCGGGGUUAGAAAAGUCAUGACAUGCUGCGACAUGCUUCCGAGCGCACUUUUUUAUGAACGUGAACCGUGCAUGUAGUCUGCGCUUGUGCUGCGAUUGCGGUUGUGUCCGGCAAGCCUUCAUUGCCACGGAAUGUGGAUUACGUUCAUGCCAGGAUAUGCCUAAUAAGUGCUUCAUGUCGAAUUGCUGGAGCAAUUACAAAUCGGGGCCGAAAAAUCAUGCGUUCAUGUUUGCGCAAAAUCAAUGACAGAAUAUUGGGUGCCAAUGCUAAGGCAAAGAAGAGAAUCUCAAGCUGGAAUUCUGCGGAAUAAGGCGACUGUUUCUUUGUAAAUAGUUGCACGGAUGUUUUGUGUCUCAAUUGCUAAACUCAUUUGAGGCGUUGUAAAUAUGUGUACUGUGGGACUGUACGCAAUAAUACCUCGAAAGCGAAAUUAUUCGUUUAGAGCCUAAUCUAGACUGGAAUAAAUACAUGUGUCCCGAAUGUGAAGAAGGGCACAUCAGUGAAGUUGUCAAGAGAUAUGUGUUUUGGUGCAGUGCUACCAUUUUGGCUGAAGAACUUCUGUGGUUGCAUGAACGGCAAGCUCUUUGACACUGACGAUAAAUCAAGGCAAAGAAGCUACUCUGAAGAAGAGGGCAGCACUGUGACUUUUCAAUAUAAGCUAUGCUCCCUGUCAUCAUUUACCUGAAAUUCGUCCUCAAUCCUAAGGUUGAACCAUUUCAUUCUUUAUGGAUGGGUUUUUUAAUAAUGCAGUACGUAAAUAGUUUUGCAUAAAUAAAAUAAUACUGGAACACCCUCUGUUCUCUGCGGGCCAUCUGCUCAACUAUGCCUAAAAGAAAAUGACUGCGCUCUGGUUAAUGUUUCCCAUAAGGGCGCGCUCCCUUCAUUCAACCUGUAUUCCCGAGCACGCUGCCGGCCUCUUCUCCGUGACGUCACUCGCUGAGCACUCAGGCCUUCUCUUGUCUAGGUGGUGUUGCUAAAACCGCUUGAUAAUUUGAAAGUAGCGACACUCUCCUCCCCGCGGCACUUUCCUCCUCGAUUCUCCUCGCACGGUGGCUGCACGCGCUGCGCAUGGCACGCUUUUUUUCCUUAGCUCUCGUGGACAGGCCGCAGCAUUCGAUGUAAGCGCAUGAUUUUAGGCCAGUUGCACGCCCCAGUGCUGUAGAAAAUUUUGAAAAAUGGCAAUAACAGCAUCGAGAACGCUGGGUAACCUUUAUGAGGAGGUUGGUUUCUUCUUAAAGCUCUAUAAAUGGAGCAUACGGAUGUAAAAGGAGCUUUGAGGUGAGCGCUAUACUUCAGACAUUUUUUCUGUCACAUGAUAAGAUGAUUUACUUUGUGCAUCUGCUCUAGUAUUCCUUGUGGCACAUCCUUCUGUGUUUGGCUUUUUUUUUUUCCUUGCCUGUGCGGCCAUGUGCACUGCAGGCAUUACUAUUUGGUGUGCCUUCCUGUAAUUGAUUAUUCAUAAGUGCAUUGUCCAUCCAUGCAUUUGUCUUCCCAGUGUAAAAGUAGCUUUUGUACUGUGGUCUCUAAACUGAACAGGACGGUUGUGCGAUUUCAGUGCGAGCAAGCAUGCGCAAUCAUGCAAGCACCUCCUGCACAUUGCCUGUAUCCAUGAGAAAGCCAAAUAAUAAUUAUCACCCACUCAUGUGUGCAUGGCAGCCCAAUUCAAAGCAUAUUCAAGAACUGAAAAAAAUAUACCAUGGGUAUACUUGCCAUUAAUUUUUUUCAGUGCCUGCAUUCAUUGUACCUAAGUGACUGAGGCACACAUUGAAGUAAGCUGGAAAGAAGGCUCCUCUACAAGCUGCUAUUUCGAUUUUCAGUAAAACAGGCGAUGGAUCCUAACAAUCGCGAAAAGUGCGAAAGAGAGGUUGUAUCUUUGCACACUAAAACAGGAAAUGGAUCCUAACAAUCGCGAAAAGUGUGACAGAGAGGUUGUAUCUUUGCACAUAGUUGUUCACAGCUGAAAGCAGAAACUAUAGUGCUGCAUUUCCAACUGAAUAACAGUUGACGAAAUGUGAGGUGAUGGAGUCCCAGCAGAAUAUUCAGCAUACCGAGGACUUACUUGAACAAGUUUCCUGUCAAGCUUUCCAAUACACUGCAGCCAGCAUGGCAGUAUGCUUGUUCAUGCACCACACGAGCAUGUCUGCACAAAUGGUAGCUGUCCAUGCACAAGCUAACACUGCUGGUUCAAUACAUUAAAUCGAACAUUGGCCGAAGCUUUUGUGAGGUUGUCUUUUUAGCACUAGCUGAUUGUUUUCUUUCCUAUAUCUUGCAGCAAUCGACACAAGAGAAUUUAAUGAGCCCUAUAUGACAUUUGAGCUUAUAUUGAACAAAAAACAUUCUGUUCAAUCUUGGACAUUUCUACAUCUCUAACAAUUACUUAAGACCAAUUGACAAACAAAAUGCUUUGCAUUUAAUUAUCAAUGGGUCCAAAUUUCAUGUGCGUUAACAGUGCUAGUAAAAGCUGUCACAUGUGUCCCAGCCUUGUAUGUUGUGCCCGUUUAAUAAAGAAAUAAUUUCCUGUGUAUGUAA